GCUAUCUGAAAGUCGGCAUGAUUUUGCACCUCUUCGCCAAUUUCGCAACAUAUCAGCCGGUCGAGUCAGUCUCGCAGCGACGCAGGACAAGUGCUGGAAUGUGGAUAGGAGGAGGAGGAGAAAACUGGGACGCAAUGAGAAUCUCUACAGGACGAUUGCAGCGCCUCUCUCGGAAAAAGACAUUCUAUGGGCGAAAAGAUUCGGAAAAAUGAAGGAAAGAUCUUUUCUAGAAUAGGAAAUGAAUAAUUACACUGAAUACAAGUUGAUCAUUGCAAUAAGCUUCUGAUUAAGCUCUAUAUUCCGUUCAAUUGACUGAUAAGAUUAUUCGAACUGAAAAUAAGUUCUCCGGAAAGAAUAUCACGCCUAGCUUAACAGUGUAAUUGUCAUUCUGAAGAAUGCCAGAGUUUUGUAAGCAGAGAGCUCUCGAAAAAUCUAUUUUUUGCUAAAAAGACGUGCAGAAUUCAAGUAAUCUGUACAUACAAACUAUGUACAUUAUCAUAAACACUGAGGAUGGACUGGCAAUGGAUGAAAACCAGAGAUAGUAAAUCAGCUGAUUCAGCUGAAAAGCCCAUCUCUCCAAUAUCAGUGCCUCAAAUAGACCACGAUCGCAUAUUCAAGGCCUACGCCGCUCCGUCCGUGCCCAAAGUCGAUGCCCGGAUGAGCAGAACACCCGCUCAAGACAGGCUAAAACGUCUGCAAACUGCACUCAAGGCAGACCAGAAAUGCGCACCUGAGAAGCACGUGGUCAGAGCCAAGACGCCACCAUCUGUCCAGGGGCGUCUCAAGUUAACUCCCGCUCCUGCACGGCAGGCGCCAAAGAGACGAGCUGAGGAAGAGGAAUCGAAGGAAGUGCCCCAGAAGAAACGAGCUGUUGCGAAAGCUCUUCCGGAAAGUCCUAAAAGGCCAAAGUUGAGAGCCCACAGAUCACUGAAUGAGAGACUGAGGAGGCCAAUGGUUAGACCAGCAUGUACAUCCACUGCUACCUCUGCCCAGGUUCCUCUCUCGCCGCCUGAGAGGCCGGAGAUCCCGCCAAAUGUGAUUCAACCGCCCAAAACCUCACCGAACGACACGGAAUAUCGAGUAUCUGUGAAUUUCACAAGUGACAAUCGCCUGAUAAUCGAUUACAAGGAAGACAAGGAACCCGAAAGCUCCAGGAUUCCCGAUCGGGGCGUCAAGAGCGAGAGGAAAGACUUGAGCAGAUCAUUUUAUGUCGUUGUAGACACAAAUGUCUUCUGCCACAACCUCAUCUUUCUGGAGAACAUCAUCAAUAUGCACUUCGCGACUGCUGGACACGCCAUUCUCCUGAUUCCCUACAUUGUCCUUCAGGAGCUGGACAACAUCAAGCACCGCACCGCCGCCACAGAGAUCCACUGCGUCAGAGCCAUCAAGUUCAUCAACGAGAAGCUCGAGGCGCGCCAUCCGCAAGUGAAGGGACAGAGUGCAGUCCAUGAGAAUGAACUCCUCAUUCACGCCUUCUCCGCCGACGACUCCAUCAUCAAUUGCUGCCUGCAGAUGAAGGAGAAGAGCAAUCGCGUCAUUCUCCUGUCGAAUGACACCAACUUGCGCAACAAGGCGCUUUGCAGCGGCAUCACCUCAAUGAGUCCAAAGGACCUCCGCGAAGACACAGCCCUCGAAUUCCUAUGAUUUGACCAAAUUCUAGAGUCGUCGCUUUGAAUUACUCAUUAACUUUAAAUAUAAAUCGAAGUUAUUAAAAUGUGAAUUAAUUUGUAACAAGAGAAAUAUAUAUUUUUUGAAUA